AUGGCGACAAUGCUGAGAAUAUUUCCGACAAGUCCCAAGACAGCAAUGAUAGGACUCACCAGUACAGCGAUACAAACACUGUAUGCACCUUGUUAUACUGAGAACCUUCACGUGCACAAAGUCCGCCACAAGACCACAAAAAGACCUCAACAAGAGCUUAACAAGACCACGACAAGACCACAACAAGACCUCAACAAGACCACGACAAGACCACAACAAGAUCACAACAAAGACCACAACAAAGACCUCAACAAGACCACAACAAAGGCCACAACAAGACCACAACAAGACCACAACAAGACCUCAACAAGACCACAACAAGACCUCAACAAGACCACAACAAAGACCACAACAAGACCUCAACAAGACCUCAACAAGACCACAACAAGACCUCAACAAGACCCCAACAAGACCACGACAAAGACCACAACAAGACCUCAACAAGACCUUAACAAGACCACGACAAGACCACAACAAGACCUCAACAAGACCUCAACAAGACCACAACAAGACCACAACAAGACCCCAACAAGACCCCAACAAGACCUCAACAAGACAAGACAUCAACAAGACCUCAACAAUACCCCAACAAGACCUCAACAAGACUUCAACAAGACCUCAUACUUACCAUGA